CGGCCUGCACGAGCCCCCGCCCCCCCCUUCGGCGGCGCAUGCGCGGUUGGGCGGAGCACUCCAUGGGCUAUGGCGCGCUGGCCGCUGCCGAGCUACCUGCUGCUGCUGGCGCAGGAGAACCUGGAGUUCCGGCUGCCGGAGAUAAAGUCCUUGCUCUCACUUUGUGGUGGACAAUUCAGCAGUCAACAAGAAAUUCGUAUAAAUUCUCCAUUUUGGAUUCUCAAUAUUCCUUCAGAAGAGAUGGCAAGAGGACUAAUGAAAAGGACAGUAUGUGCAAAGUCUAUAUUUGAACUGUGGGGUCAGGGAAAAUCUGCAGAGGAACUGUACACAUCUCUGAAGAACUACCCAAUGGAGAAGAUGGUUCCAUAUCUACAGUCAAACUCAACAUACAAAAUACAUAUUCAUGCAUUUAACAAAACACUGACACAAGAGGAAAAAAUCAGAAGGAUAGAUGCUCUGGAAUUUCUGCCAUUUGAAGGGAAAGUGAAUUUAAAAAACCCAGAACAUAUCUUCUGGAUUCUGGAAGAUUAUGGAAUGGACCCUAACAACAUUCCAGAAGAACCUCUUGAUUUGUAUUUUGGUAGAUGGAUUGCGGAUGGGCAAAGGGAGCUUAUUGAGUCAUACAGUGUAAAAAGGAGGCAUUUUAUUGGGAACACAAGCAUGGAUGCCUGCUUGUCUUUCAUCAUGGCAAAUCAUGGGAGAGUAAAAGCAAAUGAUGUUGUGUUUGAUCCAUUUGUUGGAACAGGUGGCCUUCUUAUAUCCUCCGCACGUUUUGGAGCAUAUGUGUGUGGUACUGAUAUAGAUUAUAAUACUGUCCAUGGAUUAGGCAAGGCUAGCAGGAAGAACCAGAAGUGGAGAGGACCAGAUGAGAAUAUCAGAGCUAACCUUCGGCAGUAUGGUUUAGAGAAGUACUAUCUUGAUGCACUCGUUUCUGAUGCAUCAAAACCUAUAUGGAGGAAGGAAAUGCUUUUUGAUGCAAUUAUUACAGAUCCUCCAUAUGGCAUACGAGAAGCUACUAGAAGAACUGGUUCACAAAAAGAAAUACUUAAAGCAACGGAAAGAGGCACAGAAAAUCACAUCUCCAUUUCCUCGAACUAUCAUCUGAGUGAUAUCUUUUUUGACUUGUUAAACUCUGCGGCAGAGUACCUGGUGAUGGGAGGAAGAUUGGUGUACUGGCUACCAGUUUACAAACCUGAAUAUACAGAAGAGAUUAUACCCCGGCACCCCUGCCUGAAACUUAUUAGUAACUGUGAGCAGAUGCUUUCCAGCCACACGUCAAGGCGCUUGAUAACCAUGGAAAAGGUGAAAGAAUUUGAGGACAAAGACCAGUAUUCUCACUUGUUGGAUUAUCAAUCUUUGCUAUACAAGGGUCACAAUUCCUUUCGUGAGAAGUAUUUCAGUGGUGUGACAAAGAGGAUUGCCAAGGAAGAAAAAGACAACCAGAAGUAAAAAAAAAAAUAAAACAAACAUUAAAAAUGAGGAAAGUAUGAAGAUUGUAUUUCUUUUGUAAAGACAUCUGGAUGCUUCAGAAAGCAAAUACUGUUUUUAAUUUAAAAAAAGUCACAAUGAAAACCACAACAUAGGUUAAGAACAGUUCUUUUUAAUUAGCUUUGUUUAUAGCAGAUUUAUUGUACAAGUUUUGAGCCUUAUUUAAUUUAUAUUUGUACUUUCAAGUACUAAUGAUGAUUGACUAAAACCAUUAUUAUUAUUCUUUUACCAUUAACUUUUACAGAAAAUAGUAGUAUUGUUUGGCUUCUUAAACUGUGAACAUCUGGAUGCUUUAGAAACACAUAAUAGAGAUCAGGGUUUGCUCAUUAGGAAUAUUGCUUUCAUUUGUUUUGUUUUUUUGUAACUGAUACAAAAUAAAAACCAACAGAGCUUGUUGUGACUUUUUAAAAUUGUGUUGCAUGCAACAGAUUCUCAUGUGAAUUCUUACUGCCAUGUACUGGGCCAGCUAUGUUUAAAAAAAAAAAAAAAACCCAAAAAAA